AUGGAGUCACAAAACCAAACUUCUGUAACUUUGUUUGUCUUGCUUGGUUUGACUGAUCAAAUUAACCUUCAGAUAAUAUUCUUUGGGGUGUUUUUGCUUUUCUAUAUGACAAGUCUUAUAGGAAAUAUUUCUAUCAUGGUGAUCAUUGCUCUUGCUCCUACCCUCCACACCCCCAUGUAUUUAUUUUUAUGGAACCUGUCCCUUCUUGAUACCUUCUUUUCAUCUGUCACCGUACCCAAGAUGUUAGCUGAUUUCCUUUCUGUCAAAAAAACUAUCUCUUUUGGCAGUUGCAUCUCACAGAUUCAUUUUUUCCAUUUUCUUGGAAGCACUGAAGUUCUGCUGCUUACAGCAAUGUCUUAUGAUCGAUAUGUGGCCAUAGGACACCCAUUAAGAUACAAAAUCAUAAUGAACUUUAAGGUCUGCUUUAUUAUGGCACUGGGCUGCUGGAUGACUGGAUUUUUCCAUUCUUUGCUACACACUGUUAUGACCGCAAAACUUCCAUUUUGUGGACCAAACAUGGUAAACCAUUUCUUCUGUGACAUUAAACCCGUACUGAAGUUGGCUUGCUCAGACACAUCAAUCAAUUUAAAGCUUCUUGGUUGUGUCACUGGAACCCUAGUAACAGCAACAUUACUUCUAACUCUCCUAUCUUACCUCUUCAUAAGCAAGUUUAUUUUAAGAAUGCAAACAACAGAAGGUAGACAACGAGCAUUCUCCACGUGCACUGCUCACUUGACUGUUGUUUUUUUUCUUUAUGGAACAGCUAUCUUUACUUAUGUGAGACCAUCAAACCAGAAUUCCUUAGAUCAAGACAGAGUUGCUGCACUUCUGUUCACCGUGAUAACUCCUGCAUUAAAUCCGAUUAUUUAUACUUUACGUAACAAGGAUAUGAAAAAAUCCAUAAGGAAAUUGAUAAAAAGUUGGUCACUUUAA